ACAAUGUAUGUUUCUAUUUAAAUUCGUGGAAAUUUUUUAGAAUGUUGAAAAAAAUAUUUACAAUUAUUGUUAUUUCAUAUUAUGUGCUUGUUCUCACUACACAUGACUGACCUUUCCAGACCCCUUCACCAUCUUGGGAUUACAGAUUCCGAACGGUCUUACUGCGAUGGCAAGUCGUUUGCUAGCAUCUGCCCUUAGGGAAACGCACCUAAUACAGAAAGCUGGAGUGGCGUCCUAUAGAGCAAAAAUUGGGAACCGAGAAAUUGUAGGAUAUGGGUUUAACGGCCAGCCAAGUUAUAUGGACAGAACAGACUUCCCAAUGCCAGCCAUACGAUUCAAGGAGACAACACCAGAUAUUGAGGCUCUGCGACAGAAGGAAAAGGGUGACUGGAGGAAAUUAAGCAUUGAAGAGAAAAAAGCUCUCUACAGGGCAAGCUUUUGUCAAACAUUUGCAGAAAUGCAAGCACCUACAGGAGAGUGGAAAUCUAUUAUUGGAUUUACUCUCAUUGGGGUCUCCCUUUCAUUGUGGAUUUACAUGGCAAUGAAACUAUGGGUGUACAAGCCUCUGCCAUCAACAUUUACUGAGGAGCGCCGGGAAGCCCAGCUCAGGAGAAUGAUUAACUUGCAAGUGAAUCCUGUUGAAGGUCUGGCUUCCAAGUGGGAUUAUGAAAAGAAUGACUGGAAGAAAUGAACAUUUUGAUUGUUAUUAGCUUCUGUCAUGUAGUGUAAAGAUAUGGACGGAUUCCCUUGAAAUUCAAUGUAUAGUAAGCCAGAGUGGAGAAUUAUAACAAAUGUUCCACACGGGUGAUGUUUUAUUUGUGUACACAAAUAUUACUUUAAAGAUGCAAAUUAAUACAGUAUGUCUGCUGGACAAAUGUUGAAUAUUUUGUGUCUGCUGAGAUUGAUUGUUGCAUGAUUUGAAUUAGUAUAAAAAAAUCAGCUGUUCCUAUAAAAAAAAAAUAGGCAAUAAAAUUGUUUUAAUCACUUGA